AUGGCCGUUCCAUCAUACAAAAUUGCCAUGCUACCACCUCCAGGCAAGCUGGUCGCACCCGACGGUUUCCCAGCCGAUCCUCACCCUGUGGGGGCUCCGAAAAUCUUCCUUGAUGCCAUGGACGUUCGUACCAAGGUCUUUUGUGACGAGCAGAAGUGUUCUUUGGAGGCAGAACUGGACGAGGAUGACCCCCGAUCCUGGCACUGGGUGGCAUAUCAAACGGCAGGACCAAACCUCGACCAGCCCGUCUCUGUUAUCCGGAUUGUGCCCCCACCUCAUGGACCUCAUCCCAACGGUCUUAGCGAUCCUAACGAAGAGCCCUACGUGAAGUUGGGCCGAGUCGCGACAUUGGCGAAUGCCAGAGGAAAAGGUUUCAGCCGGCUACUAACCGAGGAGGCUUUCCGAUGGCUUGGAGCACACAAGGACGAAGUUGCCCCUGGAUGGAACGGGCUCACACUAGCUCACGCCCAAGUUGACGUUGAGAAAUUGUACGCCAAGUUAGGCUUUGAGACUGACGACAAGCUGGGCCGGUGGGACGAAGAGGGUAUCGAGCAUCUCGGGAUGUGGAAGCGGGUCGUUGGCAUACAUGGUCACCCAUCAUGA